AUCCGAACAUUAUUGCUCUCAUUCAUAAUCCCCAGGAAUCUCAAUGGACGAUAUUAUCAUGCAAAUUCGCGCUCUAACUAGCGGCACUGAUGCUUCCAGUAAAGCUAAGAUCCAGAAUGCACUUCGAGAGGUCCUGUCCGAACUAGAGAGCCCACGAGAUUUCUUGGUGCAGCUGUUCAAUGCAGUAAGUCACGAGCCUGCUUCAGAGUGUGUUCAAGCAGCUUUCCCAUAUGAACAUACGCUAACUAAGUGCUCUAGCACCUGAACAUUGCAACCGUCCGGCUCGCAAUCAAUCUGGGUCUCUUCAGGUCAUUGUCACGACCAAGCCAGGACCCAUUGCAGGUGGAGGAGAUGGCUAAACGAAUGAGUGCUAGUCCUCAAAUGCUUGAACGAAUCGCCCGAUAUCUUGCCUCGACCGGUAUGAUAGAGGAAGAUGGGGCCGGCAGAUUCAGAGCCAACAAGAUCACCCAUAUUCUCUCCGAUCAAAAUGCGGAAGCCUUUGUUCACCAUGCGUUCGAUAUCUGCGGUCCUGCCAUUCAAGUAUUUCCCAAUUUCCUCAAAGAUACGGAAUAUGCUGAGAUCACCAGCAACACCAGUACGCCUUUCCAAAGAGCUUUCGACACGGAUCUGGCUUGCUUUGCAUGGAUUUCUCAGCAUCCAGAGCACCUAGACGCAAUACAACAAGUGAUGACGGCAUUUCAGUCUAGCGAGUGGUUUGCAGACUUCAGGCUUUUUGAGAAAGAAGCUCUUGAUACUGCACAGGGCUCGAAGAGAUUAUUUUUCGUGGAUGUGGGUGGUGGUCACGGACAUCAGUGUAUUGAAGUGAGAAACAGAUUUCCCAACCUUGAGGGUCAACUUGUGCUUCAAGACCUACCAGAGGUUGUUGCUGGACUCGCCGAUAUCUCUGGAGUCAAGAUAGAAGCUUGCGAUUUCUUCCAGGGACAGACUGUCAAGGGUAAGUGCUGGUCACCAAAUAUGACAAUUGAUCUGGUUAACGUGACAUUCCGAUUAGGCGCGAAAUUCUACUAUCUCCGUCGAAUUCUGCACGACUGGCCAGAUGCCCUCUGCGUCAAAAUCCUCCAGAAUCUGCGAUCCGCGCUGGCGAGUGAUUCUAAGAUUCUGAUCGAUGAGAUUGUCCUGCCACAAGGCAAGAUACCCUGGCAGUCUGCAAUGGCAGACCUCAUGAUGAUGAUCACGCUGGGCGGUAAAGAGCGAUCCAAGAGGCAAUGGAUAUGGAUCGCUCAACGAUCGGGUUUGCAAGUCGAGUACAUUCAUAAGUAUGAUGGUGCAGCAACCUUCAACUCGGUGAUUGUCCUUGGGUUGGACCAGAUCUGAACAGGCCAUCAAGGAGACUGGAUAUGGCUAGGAUUACCAGCUGCAGCUGGAAAUUAUCCCGACGAUCAGCUCCUCGUUUGGAAUCCUCUGUGCGUAAGGUUAUUGUUAUUGCAAGCUUUCGAUGAAGCCCGAGCAAGCUUUGCCCUUGAGUGGUGGAGAAAGCCUUCUUCUCAUUUUUGAAGCAGGAGCAAAGGUUUGGAGAGACAAAUUGAAUGGCGAAUAGCAUUUGUUGUUUGCAAUGCAGUGGAUUAGGUCUAUUUGAUGACAAUCCUUUAAUUUCUUUCACGAGUCGCCUUGCACCCGUUUUAUGAGCACAACUGGAAUCGCCGCCCCUUUUUGAGUGCCGAUUCCAGGGGGCUCGUACUCUGUACAAGCUGAGUGGCUGAUGUGACGGUAACGAAACUCACGUUUGGGUCCCACUCGGGGCGAGAUUCUGGCGAAAGAUCCUUCAGAAUACAGUACGGUACCACGGGUCCGAG